CGAGAAAAGUUGGAAGUGUUGAACAUUUUCACAGCAAUUCCGCUUCGCUGUGGUCUUCUCUCGCGUGCGAAGCAUCCAACGGAUAGAAAAGUGAAUUCCGGAUCGUGAUAGGAUCGUUACGUGCUACGGGAAAGUCGCCAGAUACAGAUUCACUCGCGUACGACGCUGCUGACCAUUCGCUGGCGACAAGCAGGGUUUGGCCGUGCUGUGUUGUAGGGUGAAAAGAAAAAGAAAAAUCAGUAGGGCCGACGACGAAGCCUGCGUUGAAAGUGUUGUGGACGCACAGUUUUUUGUUGAACCUUGCAAAGUGAAGGAAACGCAUUCCCGCAUCGCAACAUGAGUCCAGAAUACGACUACUUGUUUAAGCUGCUGCUGAUCGGCGAUUCUGGAGUGGGAAAAUCCUGCCUUCUGCUAAGAUUUGCUGACGAUACGUACACGGAAAGUUACAUCAGCACAAUUGGUGUAGAUUUUAAAAUUAGAACCAUAGAUCUGGAUGGCAAGACGAUCAAACUGCAAAUCUGGGACACUGCUGGCCAGGAACGCUUCCGUACGAUAACGUCGUCCUACUAUCGCGGCGCACAUGGCAUUAUCGUUGUGUAUGACUGCACCGAUCACGAUUCGUUCGAGAACGUCAAACAGUGGCUCGAAGAGAUCGAACGCUAUGCAUGCGACAACGUCAACAAACUGUUGGUCGGCAAUAAGUGUGAUCUGCAAACUAAGAAACGUGUCGACACCACAACGGCAAUGGAAUUGGCAAAUCAGCUGGGCAUUCCAUUCCUAGAGACGUCAGCGAAAAAUGCCACCAACGUCGAGCAGGCCUUCAUGACCAUGGCGGCUGAAAUCAAGAAUCGCGUCGGGCCACCGUCGAGUGCCGCGGAUCCGCCGAGUGCCGUUAAGAUCGAUAAGGGACGCAACGUUGAGGCAAAGUCGGGCUGUUGCUGAACACACAUUCGGCAGUUAUUAUUACUACUAACCAAUCCAAUCAUCCCCUCCAAUGGCCUCCUUCCCUUCCCCGUUUCACUUGCGCAGCAUCGUAGCCAGGCAAACAAAACAGAAAUCGAAACAAGCACCGGAAGGAUAGCGAAAAGUGACACCCACAGAGGCACCCCGUUUCUCUCCUACACACUCACACGGAUGUACGAAUGCGCGAGCGCGCAGCAGGGGGCAGCGGUUAUCCCCUGUGCGCGGUGCGACGGCCGCUAAGAAUGUAUUUUAUGUUUACCUGUCCCGGCGUGUGUUGUUAGGUUGCAGUAACACCUUCUCACUAUAGGCUACCACUAUUAUAAUUAUCAUCAUUAUUAUAAUUAUCAAUAUACCGUUCGAGAAAGGGAAGAGGUCUGCAAACCGCAAACAGAGCAAACAAUUACACAGUGUAUCAGCAGGGUGUUAGGUCCCCGGCAUGGUGCAUGGUGCGAAAGGCGAACAUUGCAACAAACCCCCAAUUUGAGAUCGGUAGCGCUGAAGCUGAAGACGAAUAGUCUGGUAUCACGAGUUCAAGCGAUUGUUGCGCGUUCGUGCGGAGAAGGUGCAAGAAAAUAGAAGAGAAAGAGACAAAAUAAAUAGCGGAAAUUGGAAACAUUCGAUAAUGACGGCCUGUCUGCAACGAAGUUGGUUGAAAGAACAUUGGCACGUUUUCCCGGGUCAAUAGUAAAGAAAACAAAAAACGCAGAACAAUCUGUAAGUAAAUCGCCGAUGUACGGUGCGUUGUGGUGUGGCAUUGGGCCUUCGUCCUUGUUACCCCGUCAUAAGGCUAUGCAAACAUUCGUUUAUCGUGAACCAGUGGAAACUUACUGGCUGUGGGUGUCCCCUUUUUUGUCUGCUUUUGCUAUCUUCCAUCGCGGGAAUCAGUUAGUUUUUCAUCUAGCGAACUUUGUAUGCACAGCGGGUGAUUCGAUUCGCUUAACUCUGCCAGAUAACGUACUGCAGACCUUAUCACAAGAUAAGUUAUGAUGUAGCCCGUAUUUACACCUUUUGAGACACCAGGUAUUUACAACUUUUGUUUCUUUCGCCACCUUUCAAAUUCUUUAACUAUAACGGGGGUCUUUACUCGUUUGAUCAAGCAUCUUUUCUGCAAAUGCCAACAAAAUGCUAAGCCGCAAUUACGAAACGAAACCACUAAUCAAAUAAAGAAGCAAGACGUUAAGAGUAGUAUAUAAAAAGAGAUAAGGAAGAACUUUAAAACAAUUCGAUGAACGAUGCAAGUAAUACCUUAGUUUAUAGACAUUUGAUAAAUGAGAGGGAAAUUGAAGUUUGGGAGCCAAGAUCUUCCAGUGCAACAUUUCGUUCCCCGUCUAUUGGCGGUUUUAAUACUUCCCUUUCGAUAGAACAUGGAGUGUUCGAAAUCAGCUCAAUUCAUUCUGACCGAUGCAGUAUGCAAUUUAAUUUUCUUCAUAAAACCCCUCCACUAAGGGUAGCCAAAGUUCGUGCAGAGCUACCAAACUAUUUGAAAAACAGAACGAUGAACGAUCGGUUAUCGAACCGAUGCUAGUUUCUUUCGUACAUUCCCCAAGGUUUUUUCACACCAUUUAUUGAGUUGCAAGUCGGGUAUCGGCAGCGUAUACACGUAGGAAUAGUAAUUCAAACAGGAUUUCGACUAGCAGCAAUGUUUUCGGCAUUAUUUAAGAUAAUUACGGUAGCGAAAAUAGACAGAUAAAUAAAGUUUUACUUUUCCCAAUCUA